UAUAACAAUAAUUAAUAAGCAAUUAAACAUUUAAAAAUAAAGAUAAUUAAAAAAACAACCUCAAGAUCUCAUUUGCUGCAAAAACGCACACAGUUAACCUAAUUUCUAGUUUUCCCCAAUUCAUUUCAUUCUUCUCAGACUUUUCAAUUGAAGAAAAAAUGGAAUUUGCCGGAAUAUUGCCGGGAAAAAGGACGACGGCGUGAAUGCAAUCAACGUCAAUAGAGAUGGAAACUUCAGUAGCGGAGAAUUAAAAACUCAACGCCUUUUGAUUUUUUUUCGAUCAGAUUUUUUAUUUUAUUUUUGCUUGGAGAUGCUGUAAAUCAUGAGGUGCGAUAAUCCUUUGAAAGAAGAGAUCUGCUCUAAUACACAACUCGGUUGAUCAACUUCGAAUGGAUGACACAGAAUCGGUGGUGCAAUACGCCGACGACGACGACGAGGAAUUUCACGACGCUUUAGAUGAUUGCCUUGAAUUUUUCUAUGAGCCAAUCGAAUCCGAUGAUGGCGUUCCAAUCUCUGCCGCAAAUCCUAAUCCAUAUCCGGCAGAUAAAUCCCUGCCUCGGUCAGGCCUCCGCCGCCGGAAAUCACGCUCCGAUCGGAAAUAUUCCGGCGAAGACUCAAUUGAGUUGGAGAAUUACUCGAUAGAAAGGAAGAGAAAGCAUUCUCGAAAAAUUGAACACAACAAAAAUUUGGAAAAUUCGGAUUCGUUGGAAAUUAAUCAAACCUCGGAAUCUCCGAAUGUCGGUUCAGACGGAGAGGAUGAUCAGGGGAAUGAGGAGCAUUCUACUAUAACAGAUGCGAAUGUUGUUACACGGGAAGAUUUAGUGAGUACCGAAUCGAAUUCGAGAGAAAACCACGACACGAAUUCGAGUCUUCUGUUCACUAUAGCUGGUAUUCUGAUAAAGUUCAUCAGCUUCCAAAUUUAUUUAUCAGUCAAAUUAUUCAUGUUCCCCUUAACGUUAGUGUAUUACUUGUACAUGCUCGUGUUCAAUCCGUUCGGACUUUUGUUGAGCUGCAGAGAGUGCCUAAUUCAGAAAAUUAAACAAAUUUGGAAACUUGUGCAUGAAUUUGUUUCGCCGUUUAUGUUUGAAUGGAUAAGAGAACACCGGUCGAUAUGGAAACUAGGGUUGAAGUGCGGUUGGGGAUUGUUGUGGUCAGCUUACGUGUGUACUUUAUUGGUGGUAUUUUUGGUGUCAGCUUUUGUGAUGGGUGGGAUUCUAAUUAGGGUUCUUGUGGAGGAUCCAAUAAGAAUGAAACAAAGCUUGAAUUUCGAUUUUAUGGAGAAGAGUCCAGUGGCAUUCGUACCGGUAAUAACUCAACAAGAGUUGAGCCACGACAUGUACCUCGAAGAGAAGCCCGAUAUUUUGAAUGUUAAAAGAUCGAGAGUUGUACCGCCUAAUCACAAGUUGAAAGUUACUGUUUCGUUGACAUUACCCGAAUCUGAGUACAACCAAAAUCUCGGGAUUUUCCAGGUCAGAGUAGAUUUUCUUGCUGUUGAUGGCAAAACCCUAGCAAGUUCUCGACGCCCGUGUAUGUUACAAUUCAAAAGUCAACCGAUCCGCCUCCUUCUGACAUUGCUUAAGGUUGCUCCUAUAUUAACCGGACAUACAUCGGAAACUCAGAAAUUGAAAUUAAAUUUCCGAGGUUUUACAGAACGUGACAAUCCGACGGCCUUUUUAAAGGUUGUAAUCGAACAACGAGCUCAAUACUUGCCCGGUGCUGGUAUUCCAGAAAUAUACGAUGCAUCUGUGGACAUGGAAUCGGAACUUCCUCUACUGAAAAGAAUCUUGUGGUAUUGGAAGAAAACAUUGUUUGUAUGGAUUAGCAUGGCGAUUUUCACAAUGGAGUUGUUUUUCGCUCUCUUAUGCUGUAAACCGAUAAUUAUUCCGAAGAUUAGACUAAGAGAAGCUAAUGCUAAUGGAGAUGCUGCUUCUCGGAAUGUUCGUGCAAGUCAAAGCUAGAAAGUUCUGGAAUGUGCUUUUUUUUUUUUUAUUAUUAGGUAUAAAAGGUAGAUUACACACCUUCUAAUUCUUUUAUCUUUGUAUUUUGUGACACUGCUAAUUGCUAAAAGCAAGAUUUGUAUAUAGUUGAAAUGGCUAUUGAUUUGUAUUCAUUAUUA